AUAUAAAAUUUAGUUUUAAAAUCUAAACGCGGAUUGAUGAUCGAUGGAAAGGACGAAUGGUAGGCAGGCAGACAGUAUUUUUAGGUUAUUGAAAUGAUUAGUAUGGAACUGUGGUUGCGAUUGCCGAUUGUACAUAUGCAAGCGUUUUCCUUCAGGAAUAGUUGUUUCGCCAGAACUGAUGCGAUCAUGUAAUCGACAGACGAAAGACUUACGAUUCAUGUAUCCUCCAAUUUUCUUCCUCCCCAUUUGCAAUCCCGUUGCCCGUUAGUGGUGCGAGUCCGAACAGUGGCACUUUUCCAGUGGGUAAAAUAUGCCGAAAGUUGUACUCAUGCGCCUUCACUGCUAGCGGUGUAGCACGAGCGUGAACGAAGCGGACCAUCAUCAUCAUCAUCGGGGCUUUGGUUUUCAGUCGCGACCAAACGAGCGAACACGGUCCUAGUUCGAAAAGAGGUCCACGGUAAAUCGAUAGCCAAUCGUGUACUAAGCCGUAUCGUUUAAUUUCUGCAGCAUGGCAAGCCCAACCAAGUCUGCCGAAUACGGCCCGCACGGAUGAAACGGAGUUUGAGGCAGCCGUGCUUAAAGGCGCCAGCAGUGCCGACAUGCGCCUUAUUAGAUUGCAGGGUUAAAAAAUCAUUCGCUCCGCUGUACAGCAGAACCGUUUGCGAGACGGCUGAAUGGUAUAAUUGUUCCUAUUGUUGGUUUGCUAACCCAAGAAUGGUUGCAUAUUACAUCUGAACAAGUGCACAUUCCAGCAGGUUCGCGGGCUGAACAAACGUUGUGGAGCGCAAAGGAAUAUUGGCGAAUUAACCGUGCUAGUGCGAUAAUCAAUCAAGCAAGCGUGGAUGGAAGUUUGCGUAAGGUGGAAAGAUGGUCUUGGCGAUGCACCGUAGUCAUUCCGAAGUUAUUGAGGUCUUGGUGGUGGUUUGUUGUUGAUUCGAUUCGAUGUGGAAAAAGUGCCUACCAAAUACCCUGUUGGUGUUGUGUCAUAAUAUUACCGCAUAGAAUAUCCGCCGCUCUUCUCCUUCACAAUACCUAUGAGAUACGGUUUCCCCGUUCUUCGUGAAUACCUUCGUGGUAAGCCUAACGUGUCAGUGUGUGUGUGUGUGCGUGCGUGCGUUUUUUUAUGUUAUUUUAUUCGUAAAUGUGCAAAAGUGUAACUUCCUGUGACCGAUUGCUGGUACGUGGUUUGUGCGAUGUUCGUUCCUCGUUCAUGAUUGAAACUUAAUGAUUUUUAAGCUUUCGAGAGCAUGGCAGCAUUGGCUAGCAGAGCUCAAGUGAUUAGCUAAGCAGGAGCACCCAGUGAGUGCCCCCAGUGUCACUUCCCUUUUCUGUUUCGCCGUUCUUCUUGCAGCCGACGCACAUGCUACUGCUGCAGCUAUCUGUCCGGAAGCUAUCGGAAUUUGAUGAAUGGAUCAAUAUAUGAUGGAGGUGAACCAUUGCAUCAUGCCGACACUGCCGUCGUAGCUUAUCGUCCUUAUCGUUUUCAUCGCACUCCAAGCGGGCAGCCUAAACGAGGAUGUGCAAUACCGUUAAUAAUCUCCGUACUGCCAGCAGCUACUAGGAUUGGGAAGUGAUUUUUGCCAAAAGCUCAGAUAGCUCGCGCGAAGCCAACAAAAAAGAGUGCGUGGUGCGCAACCGAAAGUGGUGCAGUGAGUUUAAUUUGCAGUAGAAUACAAAGCGACAUUUCAAGUUCGUUCUGAACCCACCACAUCUAGAGUUCCUCUGCCGUUUUCCAUACCCCAGCUCUUGCUCCAAAUCCACUCUUCCAGCCUUUCGAGUUCCUCCUUCCUUGCUGCUAGCACUAGACGAACGCCAAGGGUGUAUUUCAAAACGCAAUGAAUGUAGCAUCGUCGUCUCCAUCGUCUCGUAAACAGAAACGCCUUGGUCCGGCACCAAUCGCCUCGAUGGAAGACACUACGGCCGAAGAGAAAGCACAGAUGGAGCAACAAAAUCAUCACAAUCUGCAACGGUGGUCACAGGAAAAGCCCUCUAUCGAUUCAAGCCGUGGCUCACCGACCAAAACCUUUGAUUGCCCAUCGGCACUGAUACCGGCAACGCCACGCAUAGACAUUAGUCGAGCUUCUUCUCACUCAUCCCAUCACGACAGUAGAGACAGCAGUCCCGAAAAUGUCUUCGAACAGGUCGGUACUGGCACACUGCAAGACUCAGGCGUGCUCGGUUUUCGUGAGGAAGACACACUUGACUUGCGGAAUUCUACCGAAGAACUUCAGUUUAUGGAACCGGAAAAGGGAAAUCGAGAGAAGGAGAAACCCAAUACGCAAAUUACCUACGGAUCUUGUCCAACCCAACGGUACUCGCCAAUCAUUUGGAAGCUGGAAGAACAACCAACGCAACAGCAACACCAGUUCCAGCAGCAACAACAGCAACAUAACCGUAAAGAUUCCGCCAGUUCUGAAGUGGUGGCAUUCCUUUCAAUUUCUGGACGAACCAGCCGCCUGUCAAGUGUGGGCAGCCAGGGAUCAGCGAACAGCAAACUGUCCGCUACGUCAGCAGUUUCUGGAAUAUCGCGCUCACCUUCACCUCAUAAGAUGUUGUUAGAGACAUCAUUUUGUGGCGCGAAGCCUAUGCAGGCGUAUGCCGAAAGUGGUAUGGUAGGAAGCGCCCUUGAGCCUUCUACGGAACAAAUGCUAGAACAAGUAAUAUUGUCCCGAAAGAAAGACCCUACAGAGGCCGUUUUAGCGGAAGGUAUACAUGUGCAUACAGCCAAUGCUAUGGCCGCCAACUCCACGUUAGAUGGGGGCCACCGGCGAGGAGUGCCGAAAACCGUUCCGCAACAACCACCUCCCGGCGGAGGAGAUGGUCAAGGGGUCCAGCCUGGUACAGCCAAGGCGGGGGGUCAUGUGCGGCGCAAGUCCGACUGUGGAACGGGUACGACGAAUAAUCUCGAGAUACAAACUUUGAAAUCCAACCAAACCAGCCGCAGCGUUGGCAAUAAGCGUCACAUUCCGCCACGCGAUUUGAAAAAUUCGAUAGUGGGUGUUAUGCCGAGCGGUACGGAAUACAUCCGGAUUAAGCUGAAACCGGACCACUGCUACAGCGAUAACGGCAUCGCGGACAACGAACGUGUCGUAGAAAAACCGAAGGAUGGCGCCCAGGAGCUGUCGGUUUCGUCAGCCCACGAUCCGCAUCGAACACGAGCAUCCAGUAUUACACGAUCACCAUCCCCAGCAAACGUGAGUGUUUCGCGAAAGAAUUCGUUUUGUUCGCUUUUUAAAUUUAAGGAUGGUGUUUCCACUGACAAACCUAAUAACCUCCAACAGCAGCAUCUACCACGGAAAAAGCGCACCUCGACGGCAUCGAAUGAAUCGGGAACGCUAGGUGGUCGGUACUACGAUCAGCAGACAGAUCAUCCGAGCGCAUCGAACAACUCGACACCGUCGAAGCAGAAGCUUGUGCUGAAGAUGUUCAAAUCAAAACGGGACCCAAAAUCGAAAUCACCCUCUCCCAUGGGUUCGGCCGCGGAUGGCAUCGGCCAAUCCUUCUACAGUGCUGGCAGUGGUGAACAGCAGGCGGCGACCAGCAACAUCAGUGCAGCACGAUCGCCUGGCUCAACGGGAUUGCGCUACUACGACGCACCGCUCGAUGGUCAAAGCAUACACAUUCCUUUGCACACACCACCAGAGGAACGGCGGUUGGGCUCAUUUCGUAGUGCAGCUGGUGUAACGACGUCUUCGUUCGUGGAUACAACCGCAUCCACUGGCAGCGGAGCACAGGUGUCUGUAUCUGCAUCAGGCACACCGACAGGACACAGCAGCAUCAUUCAAAAACACGCCAAAACACCCAAACAGCAACGCAUUGCCAACAUGACGGUUACGAUACACGAUCGGCCCAAACCGAUGCCACCGCUCAAAUGCUAUAGGAUCGACAAUCCGGACGGUAGUAUUAUAAUACCGCUCAAGUCUCCGAUCGAGGAUAAGGAGAAUAGCACUCAGCAUUGGGAGAACGUCAUUGGGGAACUAUCGCAGCGGAUUGAAAAGCAUGUUAGUGAGGAUCACGACGAUGGUCACAUUGCACACGCUGGUAAUCAGUCGACAUCGUUAACACGCGACGACGCAGCCCCUGCAGAUCGCCGACCGGAACCAAAGAGAGGCGAUUAUUCGACUCCACCUCCCCCUCCGCCGCCACCGCCUCCGGCAUCCAGAUCGAAAUCACCAAAAUCUUCUGUACCUGUUCCGACGGAAGCGAAAGCAUCGGUUGGUGUAGAUGUUCACAAAUCGCAGCAACAAGUUCAACAUGCUACAACGUCGUCAAUAAGCACUUCCAUGCGCCAGAAACAGGCGGCCCUGUUCCAAAUGCGCAUGGGUUCUGGUAGCGAGGAGCAAAUAUUUUGCACCACGCUUAAAGAUUAUACAAAGGAGAUGAACCGCAAUAGCUCAACUGUAAGCCAAAGCUCGGAAGGCUCGCUACAGAAAGCUCCGUCAGGGCAUGAGGAUGGUGCGAACGACAGCAGUGCGUUGGUCGGCAGCGGCAUUGUUGGUGGUGGCGGUGCGCAAACAAGGAAACAAUUGGCCGGUAAAUGUAGUGAGCACCCAAACAACCUUGUGACAGCGGAUAGUGUAACAUCAUCAUCAUCUUCACCUCAACAGGUCAUGCAGGCGAAGGGAGCGAUGCUGAUGAAGGAACUCCAUGAGCAUCAAAAGCAGUACCAGUUAAGGCAGCAACUACAGCAACAACAGCAACAACGAGAGCAGCUACGGGACAGCUAUGUUGCAGAGAAUAGCACAGAAGCAAUAACGGAUGAAGUGGCUGCAGUAGUGUCACGUAGUAGUAGCCCUACCGAAUGCAUAAGUAGUGACGCAAAGCACCAACAGCACGACCACCACCACCACCACCUACAUCAACAUCAUCAACACCAGCAUCAUAAUCACAUUUCGCGUCAAAAGAACCAUACUCAUGAUCAAAUGUCAUCAACCGAACGGCCAGGCUCCAGCAACACGAUCGACGACGGUAUGGCAUCGUCGGAGAGUGAAAAGGAUUCCGAAUUUGAUUCCGCAUCGAUGAGGGCUGGUCGACAUGCCCUUCGGCCGAACAUGCUUGCGAUCGAAGAUCAUGAAAGUGCCGGGCUGGUGUUUCAGGAAUCUUUCGACGACGAACUGCCAUACAUUCCGACGACGUUGCCGGAAGAGAAGCCGGUAGGCAUAAAGCUAGUGCCGGCCAAGGAACGCACGCAGCACGAUUUGAAAACCUACCCCCUAGAGCGGCCACGUUCGACCACCCCCAUCCAUCCUGGAUCACUAGAGAAGUAUUGCCAUGAGCGGUCGGCCACUACUACCACAACUUCUGGUGUGCGGGGAAUGAUUGCACGACCGAGCGUCGGUGGCGAUAAUGCAGCAAGUAUGCGUGAUUCCGCAGCGAACGGCACGGGCGUAGCGAAGCUGCGCAUCAGCUUACCGGUCAAGAAAGCCAGCGAGAGUGUUGGGUCUGGAGCAGGGUCUCGAGUAUUCGAGCACCGAUCAUCGUUGGGUGCCAUCACAAUGACCACAACGACCACGGCAGCAAUUACCGGAGGGACUGGUGCAACAGGCAUCGGAACUACGGGUAGACAGUAUCGGUCGACUUCGACAACGUCGGCGAUGAUGAUGUCCUCAAUGGUCAGCAAUAACCGUGGAAUUACGUCAGAAGACUCACCAACGCCGCCACCACUGCCACCGCGUAAAGCGUCUACAUCAUCAUCGUCGGCGAAUACGGCCACUCCCUCUGGACACAAAUGGAUCGACGUUGAAGCAAUACCAGAGAUGCGAAAAGCACCGAAACGUAUCACAGCAAUACCACAGAAACAACAGCAACAGCCGCAAACUCCACGAAGCUCCAACAGUGAAGGUGCCGGCUACACUAUCGAUCGGAAGGAAAUAGGUGCCGACGGUCAGGUGUAUAACUAUGUCAAUCCGGAAGAUUGUCAGUGUGAAUGCCACGAUCAUGAACGGACAGCCGCCCAUUCAAGCACAAGCGCCGCUGCUCACGAAGAGAUUAUGGUCUCCUCGAUCGAUCUGGCCGACGAUUGCAGGCCACUGCUGCGCUCGUCUUCGUCGUCGCUUACGGCGGCUCCAACGGGCACAACACCGGUGAUGGACGAAUGCACUGCUGACCUGAAAGCGCCGCUGGACCGGAAAUUUCCUGAAGCCGAGGGGUAAGCGAGGGCAAAUAUAAUCAGCCCGAAGCGCUGACAAUUUGAUUACAGUAUGCUUUCUCUUGUCCUUACAUGUGGCACAAACAAUGUGUUUUGUAAAAUCAGGAAGAUCCUAUGAAAUGUGCUGAGUAGGGAAACGUGAGCAACCGUAAGGUGGCGUAAGUUGCGCGAGCGUACACGCCUAGCGAAGCCGUUUACUGUACUGCAUAUAAAUUGCAUGCAAGACAAAUAGUUAAUGUUUCGAAACACGUAAAACACACAGAGUCACAAACACGCAUUUCAUAUUCGUUUCAUAUUCGUAUUGCAAUAUGCUACGCGCUGCUCGGACCAUAGACCUUACAAUUGAAUAGCAUAAUUAGGCAUCGCAUACAAAAGACAGACAUAACAAAAAAACAAUAAAAUACAAUUGGAAAGAAAACAAAGAAGAAACAUAGAACUACUAAAAAAAAAUACUGCUAAUACUACUACUAAUACUACCACCACUACUACUACUACUACUAACACUACGGUGCAUUUCGUUGUAAGCUCACGUCACGUAACUAAACAAGCGAAAUCCAAAACGUUUUACACUCACGGGUGUAUCUGAAACCUUAAACCUCAGAUAUUCCUGUAGCCUCACGCACCUCAGAUAACAUGAACAACUGGCAAGGCAAAGGAAAACAUUAUCUGCAACGUAUGGUUCACUACGUUGAAAAUAGUUGGUAGUAGAACUAGUUCAAUCUCAAACUAACUAAAUGACCAACGAUGGUGCGAUGGAACUUCCUCGUAUACGUUUGAUCCGGCGAAAGAAAGCAGGCAAGAUCAGCCGCUCUGAUGCACGAAAGCUUCAUGACAACAAGCUUAUUCUAGUACAUGAUCUUCAAAUCAUCGCGUUCACUUGAAGUCCCCUAGCAAACAGGAACACGUUCAGCUAUUUUUACCUUCAUCGAUCGAUUUUGACGCAAACGCUCGCUCUAUAUACACUUGUGUUGUAUUUGUAUCGUUGCAAAGAUAUAUAACGUUAAAUAAAUUAAUAAAGAAAUCAUUUAAACAUCA